AUGACCAUCAUGGAGGUCUCCCUGCUCACCGGCUUCUACCCCAACCAGGAUGACCUCAAACAGCUCACGAGCGACGUGGAGAGGUACGCCUUCCAGUAUGAGACCAAGACGACCUCCAGCGACAGCACUGUUGUCCUCUACCUGGAGAAGCUCUCCCACGAGGUAGACACGGUGCUGGGCUUCCGCGUCCACAGGAUGCUGCAGGCGGAGUUCCUGCAGGCUGCCCAGGUCAUGGUCUACGACUACUACGAGCCUUCCCAGAGGUGCAGCUCCUUCUACAACCUGCCCACAGAGCACGCUUCCUUGAGGAAGAUCUGCCACAGAGACGUGUGCAGAUGUGCCGAGGAACAGUGCCCAUCCCCAAAGGACAGCGACCACCUGCAGCAGGAGCAGCUCCAGGCAGCAGCCUGUGAGGUUGGCGUGGACUUUGUGUACAAGGCCAGGCUGGAGUCUGUGGAGACCUCCGCCUCCAGCCCCUACAUCUACUACAACAUGCAGCUCCAAGCCAUCAUCAAGAGUGGCACGGACUCUGCCAAGCCCCUCACCAUGAAGAAAUUCGUCACUCACGCCACCUGCCAUGACUCCCUGGGGCUGCAAGAACACGAGACAUACCUCAUCAUGGGCCAGACAUCAGACCUGUGGAGAGUCAAAUCUGAAUACACCCAUGUCCUGGGCAAGGAGACGUUCCUCAUGCACUGGCCAGUGGAUGGGGCAGUGGGCAAGAAGGAAUUGCUGGACCAGCUGGAGGGGUUUUCAGAAUAUAUGCGCACCCAUGGCUGCGAGUCCUGAGACCCUGAGGCCUCUGCUGCUCUCAGGGGGUUGUCUCCAAGCAUGCCUAGGUCCCUGGGCUUCACCGCAAAUAAAGAGCAAGGAAUAUCAUACUCAAACUCCA